AUGCUGGACGAAUUGCUGGAGCUUGAAAUUGCAUACAGCAUUCUGAAAACUGACAAUGAUGCUGACCGGAAACGGGAUCCAAUCGAUGUUCAUUAUGAAAAACUCCAUGCGCAGCUCGAGGUGGUGGAUGAAAAAUCGGAUGAAUGGAAGCUUAUCCAGAAAUACGUUGCAAAUACUCAUGCACCAACGCAUACGCUUUAUAAGCUUGAAGUUGUUGAUAACCAGAAAGAAUGGAUAUGA